AUGCUCGCUAAGUGGCUCUGCCUUUCGGCUCUGAGCUCCGUGGCUCUGGCCGCUCCUGUGGUCGAGGAGCGCCAGGUUACCGACGUGCCCACCGCCACUGUUGAGGCGCGUGCUGCCACGACCGCCACCUACACAGGCAACCCUUUCGCUGGAGUCAACAUGUGGGCCAACUCGUUCUACGCAUCCGAGGUUUCUGCCUAUGCCGUCCCUACUCUGGGUGCCAACGCCGCCAAGGUCGCCAAGGUUCCCAGCUUCCAGUGGAUUGACACCAAAGCCAAGAUCGCUGUUGCUGAGAACACCCUGAAGGAGAUCCGUGCUGCCAAUGCAGCUGGAGCCAGCCCGCCCAACGCUGCCAUCUUCGUUGUGUACGACUUGCCCGACCGUGAUUGUGCCGCCGCGGCGUCCAACGGCGAGUACAGCAUCGCCAAUGGCGGUGUUGCCAACUACAAGGCCUACAUCGACGCUCUCGUCGUCCUUUUCAAGGAGUACUCUGACAUUCGCCUUCUGUUGCUUAUUGAACCCGACUCGCUCGCCAACAUGGUCACCAACAUGAACGUUGCCAAGUGUUCCAACGCCAAGUCGGCGUACCUCGAGUGCACAAAGUACGCCGUCACCAAACUCAACUUGCCCAAUGUCGCCAUGUAUCUCGAUGCUGGUCAUGCUGGCUGGCUCGGAUGGCCCGCCAACAUUGGUCCCGCUGCCGACCUGUUCGCGCAACUGUACAAGGACGCUGGGUCGCCAAAGGCUCUUCGCGGACUCGCCACCAACGUCGCCAACUACAACGCAUUUUCCCUGUCUUCUGCACCUAGCUACGCUCAGUCAAACCCCAACUUCGAUGAGCAGAGAUACAUCAACGCGCUGCAGCCUCUUCUCAAGUCUCGCGGCUGGGAUGCCCGCUUCAUCGUUGACCAGGGCCGUAGCGGCAAGCAGCCUACUGGCCAGGCUGAGUGGGGUGAUUGGUGCAACGCCAUUGGCACUGGUUUCGGUACCCGCCCUACCUCUAACACUGGCAACUCUCUCGUUGAGGCUAUCGUUUGGAUUAAGCCUGGUGGUGAGAGUGAUGGCACCAGCGACACCUCUGCUGCUCGUUACGACUACAACUGCGGCAAGUCUGAUGCCCUCAAGCCUGCGCCCGAGGCUGGCUCGUGGUUCGAGAAGUACUUUGAGCAGCUCUACAACAACGCGAACCCGUCCUUCAAGUAG